UGGCCCAGUUUUGACCCUCCAGGCCUCCUUAUAUGCCCCUGGGGACUCUUUCCAGGCCACACUCCCUCCUCAGCCCCCUCCCCACACCCAGACCCAACUCUCAAUAUGACAGCUUUGCAGGGGAGGCUGGCCCAGUUGGGUAAAUGGGCCACCGCCCUGCCAAUCUCAGUGUGCCCUCAGCCAGUCCCUGCCUGUCUACCUUUGUAUUUGCAACCAGUCCAGAUCCUUGCCAAGAUAUGCUCGGCAUCCUUCUACAGAAGCACCUACUGCACCUUGUGCUUUAUCAACUUCAUGCUGCUUGUGAAUGUCAUGGCGACUCCCUUAUGGCUCCGACACGACUAUGUGGACGGCUAUUUUGUUUUCGGAUUGUGGGCCAUAUGCAACCAUCAGCUAGAGUGUGAUGACGUUUUUCUCCCCGUCAAUGAAUAUCUGCAUGUGGUCCGUCUCCUUUUGAUACUAGCCUUAAUCAGUGAUUUCAUUGCCCUUUUUUUGUCAUGGGAGCUUCUUACUCGGGUCCUGAAAAAGGUGGUAUCCGAAAGCCUGCUUUCUUCUGUGGCCCACUUCAGCGCAGGUUUCUUCCUGCUCUGUUCUUUAGUGGUUACAUACUGCAAGCUUGCAAUUGAGGUUGAUUCAGAUGGGACUCAUGCAGCACCAUACCUGGGAUUCUUCGCAGGGUGCUUUGCCUGUUCCCUGUGUUUCCUCUUAGGAACCCUAAGUCUGCUGCAGCACAGGAGGUGGUUCUUUGGAAAUAAAAUAAUGAAGAUCUAAAUAAAUAACACCAGCCGUGGGUUCAAAGUGCAUUACUGUUGGAUCACAUGUGCAGUCUUUGGGCUGUACCCAUCAUCGCAGACAUUCUUCUCCAUAAGCCACAUACCAGUUCCUGGAGCCUGUCUGGAAAAUGGAAAUUCUGUGUGGUGAUGUCACUUAACAGAGUCACUGGAGAUGUUUAAGGACUUCAGCAAGAUACACAUAGCAGCAUUAAAAAUAAACUAUUUGUCAAAUAGA